AUGACCGUUCAGUCGGCCCUGUGGCCAGUGCUGCUCUUCGGACUGGUGUCCAGUGUGGUGCGCUCCGCUCCCCUGUCUGGUCGCCACAACGGCACCCUGGAGAGACACUGGGAGACUCUCUACUCCCGCUCCCUGGCUCGGAUCCCCGGGGAAAAGAGAGAGACCAACCGGGACAGUGACUAUCUCUUGGGCAUCAAGAGGCUCAGGCGGCUCUACUGCAAUGUGGGCAUCGGCUUCCACAUCCAGGUCUUACCUGACGGCAAGAUUACAGGAGUUCACAACGAGAAUCGAUACAGUCUUCUGGAAAUAUCUCCGGUGGAGAGAGGGGUUGUUACCCUGUUCGGCAUCCACAGCGGUCUAUUUGUGGCCAUGAACAGCAAGGGGAAGCUGUACGGAUCUAGUCAUUUCAGCGACGAGUGCAAGUUUAAAGAGAAGCUGCUGGCCAAUAACUACAAUGCAUACGAGUCAACAGCCUACCCAGGGAUGUACAUAGGACUGAGCAAAACGGGCAAAACAAAAAAGGGCAACAGAGUCACUCCUGCGAUGACAGUGACACACUUCUUACCUAGGAUCUGAGUGGCUGUCCUUACACCAUACCUCAGUGCAUGGACAGGGA